AUGAUGAAGGAAGAACAAGUUACUAAGAAAGAACAAAUAAAGUGGACAGAUUCGAUGGAUUAUUGUUUUAUUCAAUCUAUGAUGACACAAGAUGAGAAAGGAUUAAGGAUUAGUGGGAGCUUCAUCCCACAAGCGUACAACAACAUGAUGGAGGAGCUGAAUCAAAAGUUUGGGAAGAGUUUAACAAAAAAUCAUUUAAAGAAUCGUUUGAAAACUUUAAAAUUAGGUUUCUCGCAAUGGUAUGACAUGUUUCGCGGAACUUCAUUGAGUGGGUUCGGUUGGAAUUCUGAAACACAACUAAUUGAAGCGGAUGAGGAAGUGUGGGCUAACCUAAUUAAUGAUAGGGCUUCGGGGGUGCAUGCUGAAACCCCGAAAGAGAAGAAUGCUCGAUUGAACAGAACUGGGGAUAUAGAAGUAGAAACAAUCGAAGAAGUGGAUAAGUUACUAGCAAGCAAUGACAUAACACUUGAGAAACAACAAAAAAAUAAUGAAGAUGAUGAUGAUGAAGGUCUUGAUGAUAUUCAAGUGUUAUCUCCUACAUGCUUUUCACCGGUGCAAAAUUCAAGUUCUGAGAAGUACAAAAGUAAAAAAAGGAAACAUGAAAUUGAAGAUGAAGAUGAACUUGAAGCUGAACCUAAAUCGUUUGAAAAGGUUAUUAUGAGUGCAGUUAAAGAUGUGCCUUCUGCUAUGAGGGAGGGUAACAAAAUAUUCGAAAACUCUCAUCAUCGGGUUUAUACUGGUGAUGAAAUUUAUAAAGAGUUAGAGCCAAUGGAUUUGGAACCCGAUGAAUUAUCAGAAGAUCUCAUGUUUUUGUCGAGAAAUCAAUCCGAUGCGGGGACAUUAUUUAGAGUUCCAUUUAAAAUACGAAAAAGUUUGUUGAAAAAAAUGAUGGGGGCAAGUAAAUGA